AUGAAUAACAAGACGCACAAGUCUGGAAAAGUUGUCGUUGUGGGAGACGGGGCCUGUGGAAAGACAUGUUUACUCGAGGUAUUUAGAAGAAACCAGUUCCCCGAAACAUACAUUCCCACUGUUGUUGAUAACUUUGUUAAAGAAGUAAAAAUUUCGGACGACAAGUAUGUUUCCUUAGCAUUGUGGGACACGGCAGGGCAAGAGGAUUAUGACACAAUCAGACCUCUUUCAUAUAAGGAGACAGACCUUGUAUUGUUAUGCUACACAAUAGAAAACAAGAAGAAGAUUCCAAACAUAUCAAGAAAAUGGCUGAUGGAAAUAAAGAACUAUUGCCCCUCGUCCCAGUUCUUUCUUAUUGGACUGAAGAAAGACAUAAGAGACUUGGACGACCCAACUAUUGAUAAAUCCUCAAUGAUUUCCGAAAGCGAAGGAAGGAAAAUCGCAGAUAACAUUAAUGCGACAAGGUUUUUUGAAUGUUCUUCGCGUACAAGGGAAAAUGUGAAUCUUGUGUUUCUAGAGGCAGCAAAACACAUAUGGGAUACAAAGCAGGCAACAUCUGAUGCUGAAUCAUGUAGCUUUUUAUCAUGCAUGAAGUGUUGUCGUUAA